AUGCAGCUGAUAUCUGAUGCUUUAGAAUCUGAUAUUCCUUCAGAAGAGAGGUUGGUUACUGAAGAUCUGAAGGAUACUGUGGGACUUGAGUUGGAUAAACAAACCAGAAGGAGAGCUGCUGGAGGAGGAAGAGGAAGGGGUUGUAAUGUCACAGCUGUAGCAAAAGGGCCAUCAGCAGCGGUACCUGCCAGGCCAACAGCUGCGGGUAGGGGCAGGGGGAUUAGGCUGAUAGAUUUAGACCCAGAGCCACCUUGUGAGGUUCUUCCAGAAGCUGCUGCCGUCGGGGCAGGUGAACCGGUUUUUAAUAGAAUUGACGGAGUCGCAGGUAAAGAUAUUGCAAUGGAUGGUGGAAGUGCAGACAAAAUAGUGGGAGUUGAGGAAGAAGCAAGCACAACUCCCGUACCUGAAAGGGUACAGGUGGGGGGCUCUCCUGUAUAUAAGACAGAAAGGAAGUUGGGUAAGGGAGGUUUCGGCCAAGUUUAUGUUGGCCGAAGGGUAAGUGGUGGCACCGAGAGAACAGGACCAGAUGCGACUGAGGUUGCAUUGAAGUUUGAGCACAGAAAUAGUAAGGGUUGCAACUAUGGGCCUCCUUAUGAGUGGCAAGUGUACAA